GAACAUCCAAUCAUGUACCACGGUGGCUUUUAUAAAACACAAGCUUGUAAUUUAAUAAUUGUACAAGAAUAUUCGAUUGUGUUGACAAAGAAACUUUGAUUCUUCUACUCAAGGCAGUAAAGAUGGCGUGUGUUGAGACCUCUAUUCUAGUUCCAGACUCAAGAAAGAAAGUCGAUGAAUUGUUCUUGUUUUGGCUGUCUGAGCCGUCUACACAAGAAAUGCUGAGGAAAGAACUAGCAAAACUUCGUGGAGUCUCACAAAAUGAGCUGAACAUUGACUACCUGGACCUGUCCAUCCCUACCAGCAGCUUUACCAGUACAUUAAGACCGUCCAGCCCCAACCUGAGAGCUCCCUCUCCACCUCCUGGUCUGUCAAGAUCACCCAAGAGUCCACGAGGUAGAAGCAGAUCUCCAAAAAAGGGACACAGGUCCCCAAAAAAUCAAGAACAUGGUCUCAGCAAGAGUGUACGAGCUCAAGAUAUGCAAAAAGUGUAUGAGGAGAAUGUAGAUGAAGUCGACUUUGCUAUACAAUCCAACGGCUCCGAAAACGAAAGCAAUUUAAUCAGCAAGCCUGCAGCUAUUGAUGUCAAGCGUCGUGGUCGAAGUCGCAGUCCCAAGCCAGCAGACCUACCCAAGGCGCCCGCUCACCAUCAAGUGAUUCCGCAGUUCUAUUUUCCCCACGGGAAGCCCAACGCUGAAGAAAAUGUGGAAGAGUGUCUUCAAAAGGCAGAGAAGAUAUUUGCGGAACAACUAAAUGGAGAACUGGGGCAGAGCCACUUUGAGGAUGUCUCUAAGGUACUCGGUGUUCCUCUGUAUUGGAAGGCGCCUCUGUUCGUUGCCAGCCUGGGUAAAGCCAAAGACAGAACCACAGUGACCUUCCCAAUGCUGCAGAAGAUGUGGAGAAGAGUGACCAGUCACUGUCACGAUGACGCUUCUCGCUUUGUGAAACUCCUGGCCACUAACGGGCAAAGCUACCUCACUGAAGACGACUUUGUCCCACUUAUUCAGGACCUGGUCAACGCUCACCCUGGCCUGGCCUUCCUCAACUCAGCUCCUGAGUUUCAUGAGAGAUAUGUGGAAACUGUGAUUGGGAGAAUCUUCUAUGAGGUGGACAAGAACUGGAAUGGCCGUAUCACUGCUAGUGAAUUAAGGAGGAGUAACUUUCUCCAGACCCUCGCCUCAUUGGAGAAAGAGAACGACAUCAACAGAGUUAUAGAUUAUUUCUCAUACGAGCAUUUCUACGUGAUAUACUGCAAGUUUUGGGAGCUAGAUACAGACCAUGAUUUGGAGAUCAAUGCUCAGGACUUGGCCAGACAUGCUGAUCAUGCUCUCCCUUCUCGAAUCAUCAAUAGGGUACUCUCUGGAGUUGUUACAAGUCAAUGUAUUGCUGACAGAAAUCGGAAGGGCUCUCAACAGGAGAACCAGAGUGCUGAGGCCAAAAUGGAGUACAAGGACUUUGUGUGGUUCCUGCUGGCAGAGGAAAACAAAACAUCUCCUCGAAGCAUAGAGUAUUGGUUCCGAGUGCUGGACAUUGAUGGAGAUGGUGUGCUGUCCCUGUUUGAGCUCGUCUACUUCUAUGAGGAGAUUCUCCAGCGACUACAGGAACUCAACAUUGACUGUCUCUCUGUGGAGAACACUGUUUGUCAGAUCCUCGAUAUGAUCAACCCCAAGGAAAUAGGCAAGAUCACUCUACGUGACCUCAAAUCGAGCAAGAUGACUCCAGUGUUCUUCAAUACUUUUGUCAAUGUUGAGAAGUACCUUGAGUUUGAGCAGCGAGACCCAGUGGCAGCUGCCAGGGAGACUGACAGCGGAGAGGCCACAGGGGAGAGCGAGUGGGACCGCUAUGCUGCAGAGCAGUAUGAGCUACUCAUACAGGAAGACUCCUACGACCAAGAAGAUUUUGAAGAAACUAAUGAGGACACUAACAGCAGUGUUGAUGAAGAGGAGCAGGAGAUACUCAACCUCUUAAGAUGAACUCACUUUCUUCCCUUAAUUGCUCAAACUAACUCUCAUUUCACUCUCAUGCAAUAAUUCUUGACUCAUGCAAUAAUUCUUGUUUUUUUCACCAUGCAAUUUCUUGUAUGAUACUGUUACUGUAUUUA